AUGCUCCAAGAUGCGUAUUUAAGGGAACUAGGCCAACAUACUGAAGUAACGGUCAGAGGAAAGUGCGAGGAACAGUUCAGCGUCGGCAACGAAACGCGAGGAUUCUCUUGCAAAGAAGAUUGCGAUGACGAUGCUCUCAUAGCUACUCAUCGAUUUUACAUUGCCUAUGAGAAUAGCUUAUGUAACGGCUAUAUCACUGAAAAAUUCUAUCAAAGGAUCUCACAACUUCUCGUUCCGGUUGUGAUGAAGAGGCGAAUUUACGAAGGUACUGUUGUAAGAUGUACUGUUGGAAGAACAGCGUCACUACAAAGUGCAUAG